GCGCGCCCCCGACCCCGGGCCCCGCCGCCGCCGCCGCCGCCGCCGCCGCCAUGGCCCGGCCGCUGGUGCCCAGCUCGCAGAAGGCUCUGCUGCUCGAGCUCAAGGGGCUGCAGGAGGAGCCGGUGGAGGGCUUCCGGGUGACCCUGGUGGACGAGGGCGACCUGUACAACUGGGAGGUGGCCAUCUUCGGGCCCCCCAACACCUACUACGAGGGCGGCUACUUCAAGGCACGCCUCAAGUUCCCUAUCGACUACCCCUACUCCCCGCCGGCCUUCCGGUUCCUGACCAAGAUGUGGCAUCCCAACAUCUACGAGACGGGGGACGUGUGCAUCUCCAUUCUCCACCCCCCAGUCGAUGACCCCCAGAGUGGGGAGCUGCCCUCAGAGCGCUGGAACCCUACGCAGAACGUCAGGACCAUCCUGCUGAGCGUCAUCUCCCUCCUCAACGAACCUAACACCUUCUCGCCGGCGAACGUGGAUGCCUCUGUGAUGUACAGGAAGUGGAAAGAGAGCAAAGGCAAGGACCGGGAGUACACGGACAUCAUCAGUUUCCGUGUAGCCUUCCAGACGCCCACGUCCGCCGCCACCCUGCCCUGGCAGCCGCUGAUCUGCGUGCUAGAAACGUGGAGAACGGCGCCGUGCACGUGCCUCACGCGCUGUUGCGCAUCGUGUGCCAGAGCUCCCUGCCGCCUCGUGCUUCACGCUGGACAGACGCAGGUGUCAGGGGUCCACAGCCCGUAGCUGCAGGCCGUUUCUGUGGAUUUUGGUUCUCUUUCCUCUGAGUAAAGUUGUGCCGGUUUUCUUCCAUAGACCUGGCCCGUUUUUUGCUGCUUCCGUGGUAUUUUACGUGAGCAGAAUUUUCUGAACGAUUUCUGCGGUGUUGCACGUGUGACCUGAGUGCAUCAGAGCCCCCCAAGCCACACACGCGGCCCCAGGGUGACCCAUGUGCGUGUAG